GUCGGCGUCCCACAAUGCAUCGCGGCCCGUCAGAAUUGCCAGUCAUCUUCGGUGUGAAUUCAAGAGCUCCAGUCACUUCUUAUUUACAUGUGUGAUUUUGGCGUUACGCGAUCUAGCUCCAGCAUCUGAGCGGCGACAUGAAGGAAGCGACGGCCAAGCGACGCGAGAAACCCCGCGCGGAGAAAGAGAAGAGCGGCGCGGAGCCCCAGGAUGUGGAGAUGAAGGAGGAGGACCAGCGCGCGCCGCGAGAGCAGGACCAGCUGACGCUCGACGAUAUCAAGGAGCACGUGAAGCAGAUCGAGAAGGCCGUUCAGGGCAAGGAACCGCGCUUCGUUCUCCGAGCCCUGCGAGCUCUGCCCUCCACCAGCCGCCGGCUCAAUCCCAACGUGCUGCAUAAAGCCGUGUCUGGCUUCUUCACGUCCAACGCCGCCAGCAAAGAGUUCCUGCUGGGCUUCCUGGACGAGCCGGCGGAGGGUGACGGAGACGUCCAGUUCAGGCCUCGCACCGGUAAAGCCGCGUCCACGCCGCUCAUCCCUGAGGUGGAGGCGUAUCUGCAGCUGCUCAUGGUGGUCUACCUCACCAACAACAAGCGCUACGUCGAGGCCCAGAAGGUCUCUGACGAUCUGCUGCAGAAGACGGGCUCUCAGAACCGCCGGGCUCUGGACCUGGUGGCUGCCAAGUGUUAUUACUACCAUUCACGCGUGUACGAGUUCCUGAACCAGCUGGACGCGGUGCGCAGCUUCCUGCACACGCGCCUGAGGACUGCCACGCUCCGACACGACGCCGACGGUCAGGCCACGCUGCUCAACCUGCUGCUGCGCAACUACCUGCAGUACAACCUGUACGACCAGGCCGAGAAGCUGGUGUCCAAGUCCAUCUUCCCUGAGCUGGCCAACAACAACGAGUGGGCGCGCUAUCUGUACUACACCGGGCGGAUCAAGGCCAUCCAGCUGGAGUAUUCGGAGGCGAGGAGGACUCUGACGAACGCCCUGCGUAAAGCUCCUCAGCACACGGCCGUGGGCUUCAAGCAGACGGUGCACAAGCUGCUGAUCGUGGUGGAGCUGCUGCUGGGGGAGAUCCCUGACCGCUUGCAGUUCCGCCAGCCGUCUCUCAAGAGGUCCCUCAUGCCCUACUUCCUGCUGACCCAGGCGGUGAGAACUGGAAACCUUGCCAAGUUCAACCAGGCUCUGGAUCAGUUUGGUGAGAAGUUCCAGACAGACGGCACCUACACGCUGAUCAUCCGUCUGAGACACAACGUCAUCAAAACCGGGGUGAGGAUGAUCAGCCUGUCGUACUCACGCAUCUCUCUGGCCGACAUCGCUCAGAAGCUGCAGCUGGACAGUCCUGAAGACGCAGAGUUCAUCGUGGCCAAGGCCAUCCGUGACGGUGUGAUCGAGGCCAGCAUAAACCACGAGAAAGGUUACGUCCAGUCUAAAGAGACCAUGGACAUCUACAGCACUCGAGAGCCCCAGCUGGCCUUCCACCAGCGCAUCUCCUUCUGUCUGGAUAUUCACAACAUGUCUGUCAAGGCCAUGAGAUUUCCACCGAAGGCAUACAACAAGGACCUGGAGUCUGCAGAGGAGAGAAGAGAGCGGGAGCAGCAGGACCUGGAGUUUGCUAAAGAGAUGGCGGAAGAUGAUGACGACAGUUUCCCAUGAGUCUGCAAUCUCUCAUCCUCUUUUUUUUUUUUUCUUAUUUUGUUUGUCUUUCUUUUUUGGAUUUUUCUCGUCUGUCCCUCCCGGAAUCUUUAGUUUUGCUCUUAUUAUAAUCCAUGAACAUACUGUGUGAUAUAACAUGAUAAAGAACGUCAGAACUUC